UAGUCGAAAAUAAUUGGAAACAAAAAUUACAUAUGUUGCAUGAUAUUAUUGCUGGGCUUAAUGAGAUACAUAAUCAAAAUCUUAUUCAUUGUGACUUUCAUGAUGGCAAUAUUUUAUUACAUAAUGAUGAGAAUGGAGAUAAAGUUUAUAUUAGUGAUUUAGGACUAUGUCGACCUGUAAAAUCGUUUUUGAAAAAGCAUAAUAUUUAUGGUGUUAUGACAUUUAUGGCUCCUGAAGUUUUAAAAGGCAACCCGUAUACUCCAGCUAGUGAUAUAUAUAGUUUUUCUAUGAUUAUGUGGGAAUUUACGUCUGGGAUAUCACCAUAUAAUAAUAGAGGACAUGAUAUGGAUUUUUGUUUAAGUAUUUGUAACGGUGAACGUCCUGAAAUUAUUAAAAAUUCUCCACAAUGUUACGUAGAUUUAAUGAAAAAGUGUUGGAAUGAAGUUCCAUUAAACAGACCAUCUUCUGAAGAAGUUUUAGAUAUUAUUGAAAAAUGGAUUUUUCUCCCUUAUGGAAAGAAAAUCGAAGAUAUUAAUGAAGAGUUAAAAUGUAAUGUUUUGGAAUUUAUAAAUGCACCAAUUGGACAUAACAAACUUGCUACUAAAUCUCAUCCUAAAGCAAGUUAUACAAGUCUCUUAUCUAAUUUUACUAAUAAAGAAUUGAAUAAAAUUCCUGAAAGUGAAGAUUCACAAGCGUAUCAUUCAAAUUUGACUAAAUUAUUAGAUGUAAAUAAUAGUGCAAAGUUGAAUGAAAUUCUUGAAUCUGAAAUGAGUAUGAAUAAUUGUAAUUUGAAUGAUUAUUUUUAUAUGGAUUAA